GGCUCAAUACUAUAGAAGAAGCGCACACACCAUGUUACAUUUGCUCAGUAACGUUAUUUACUUGUUUAUUUAAAUACCAACUAUUUAAGUGAGCGCUGCAAAUUACAGGCAAUGGCCACCUUAGUUCUUGAUAACGGAGCUUAUUCGGCAAAAAUUGGAUACAGCCACGAGAAAGUCAGCGUUAUUCCAAAUUGUCAGUUUCGUUCCAAGACGUCAAGGUUGAAGACAUUUACAGCCAAUCAACUGGAUGAAAUCAAGGAUCCCUCCGGACUUUUCUACAUUCUCCCAUUCCAAAAGGGUUACCUUGUUAACUGGGAUGUCCAAAGAAAAGUGUGGGAUCACCUCUUUGGAAAGGAAAUGUUUAAGGUGGACUUUGCCGACACCAGUGUAGUGAUCACAGAGCCUUACUUCAACUUCACCUCCAUUCAGGAGUCAAUGAAUGAGAUCCUGUUUGAGGAAUACCAAUUCCAAGCAGCUCUUAGAAUCAAUGCGGGAUCCCUGAGUGCCCACCGCUACUUCCAUGAGAACAGUCAGGAGCUGUGCUGCAUCGUGGUGGACAGCGGCUUCUCCUUCACCCACAUAGUCCCCUACUGCAGAGGAAAGAAAAUGAAGGAUGGCAUAUGCAGGAUCAACGUAGGAGGCAAGCUGCUGACCAAUCAUUUGAAGGAGAUUAUUUCAUAUAGGCAGUUGCAUGUCAUGGAUGAGACCCAUGUGAUCAAUCAGGUGAAAGAGGAUGUGUGCUAUGUAUCCCAGGAUUUCUACAAUGACAUGCAUACAGCACAGUUAAAAGGAGAGGACAACACAGUGAUGAGAGAUUAUGUACUGCCAGAUUUCAGCUCCAUCAAAAAGGGAUUUUGCAAGCCAAGAGAGGAGAUGAACUUCACAGGGAAGUACAAGUCUGGGGAGCAGAUCUUGCGCCUUGCUAACGAGAGGUUUGCGGUCCCAGAGAUGCUCUUUCACCCUUCAGACAUUGGCAUCCAGGAGAUGGGCAUUCCUGAAGCCCUGGUCAACUCCAUCAACAACAUGCCAGAGGAGAUGCAGCCUCACUUCUACAAGAACAUCGUCCUCACUGGGGGUAACACGUUGUUCCCAGGGUUCAGAGAUCGGGUGUACAAAGAGGUCCGCUCACUCGCCCCGACAGAUUUCCAGGUGUCUGUGGUGCAGCCACCUAAUCCAAUAUCCUACCCAUGGGAAGGAGGCAAGCUCCUAGCUGAAAAUCCAGAUUUUGAUGAGAUGGUGGUUACUCGUGAGGACUAUGAGGAGAAUGGACAUUUCAUUUGUGAAGAAAAGUUUGAUAUCUAAAGUACUAAAAAAAUCUUUGUCUAAAUAAGAGGAUUGGUUAGAGGAUGAUUGAAGCAAAAACUCCACUUUUUCCCCCCUGAACAUGUAAUUGGAAUUCAAAUGUCUCGUACUUUACUUGGGAUGCAGUAUUUUACAUUCAUAUCUAUCUUUAUUAUGAAGCUGUAAACAUUGAUUCAUAGAAAGCAUCCCUCAAAGGAAUCUAUUAAAGAUUUCAAAUUCAGUAAACUUGCAAAAGAUCGGAUAGAAUGGUUGUUAUUUUUUUUUAUUGGAGAUUUUAAAAUAAAUAUUUUUUAUAUUU